CACGUCGUCGCACCUUCUUCUUGCCCUCGCGAAGGAAGGCGCUUGGUUGGCUUUUUCUCGACCCGGCCGCUGAGACUCGCAGGGUCAACGCCUCGCAGGAAUGUCUUCUUCUUCGCACCUUCUUCGCGGACCAGCGCUCGCUCGCGGCGGCGUGCCUCCUUAUGCAUGCAUGCGUUCGCGGGCGAUUUCCGGACGCUGGCGGUCGCGCCACGCCCCGCCAAUACCGGCCUGCACAGGCCGCGGGGCCAGAUUUCGCCGCGGGUUCCAAGGAGGGCCACGCCGGGCCGCUGCCGCCACCACACAACACGCGGAAGCGUCUCGGCGAACUGUGACGCCCGCACUGCGCGAACCGCGAGCUGACGGGCCACGAUCGAGAGAGAGUCCCGCGCGAGGAGAAACUUGUCCCCCGGUUGCAGUGCGAUAAGAGUCGACGCUUUUGUGUAGACGACGACAACGAACCCGCCGCCACGUUACCCCCGGCUUCAUUGAAGGUUUGCGUAACCUUGACAUUGGCACGUUCCGACGCUUCGGCGGCAAGGCACAGCUAGCCGACAGUGUGUGACGAAGGUCACGCCUCCGUGCACAACAGAUGGCUAGCCUCCUCUGGAUCGCGUACAAGAUCGCUCUGCUCUGCCUGGUGAUUCACGCCGCAUGGGCAUCCGAUGCCACCGAAGUAGUCAUCGGUCGCACAAUACCGAACGACUCCAAGACCGCUCCCAUGGUGACAACUCGGACCGGUGCCAUUUCCGGAGAAACAGUCGAAUACCUGGACAAGAGCGUGAACGUGUUCCUCGGUAUUCCCUAUGCUGAACCUCCCGUUGGGCAUCUGCGCCUGCGGAAGCCUCUGCCAAUCGAGCCCUGGGUGGGAACGCUGAACGCAACCAAGCGGCCGAACCAGUGCCCUCAGAACCCUUUCGGCUGGCCUCCGAUGCCGGGCAAGUCGUUCAACUGCAGCGAGGACUGUCUCUACCUCAACAUAUGGGCGCCCGCGCAAACGGACUCUGCCGAACUACGGAACGUCAUGGUGUGGAUUCAUGGCGGCGACUUCGUGCUGGGCUCGUCUAGCUGGGAUUUCUACGACGGCGGCAUGCUCGCUGCGUACGGGGAAGUCGUCGUGGUCUCCAUGAACUACCGGCUCGGGAGGCUCGGUUUUCUGAAUGCAGCCUCAGACGAGGCUCCCGGUAACCAGGGUUUGCACGACCAGAACAUGGCCCUGCGGUGGAUAAGGGAUAACAUUGUCUUCUUCGGUGGCAACAAGAGCGCCGUGACUCUGUUCGGGCAGGACGCGGGUGCGGCUUCGAUAUCCAUGCACAUGAUAUCUCCGCUAAGCACGGGGCUCUUCAAACGCGCCAUCCUGCAGAGCGGAGGACCCUUCUGGAAGCUACGGACUAGUUCCAUGAUGGAAGGUCACGUGCCGCUCAACACGAAGUCCGUGAAGAGGGUGCGCAACUGCACGAUGAGAACACGGAAGCAGAUCGACGACGAGUUCGAGAAGGCACUCGCCGACGCGGUUCUGCGGCGUGGCGUCGAAGACGUCUACCACAUGUACGGCCCGACGUUUGACAACGAGUUUCUCCCGCUGAACCCACACAUGGCGUUCAGCAUGGGACUCUUCAACGAAGCCGACGUCCUGAUCGGGUCGAACCUCAACGAAGGCGCGUGGGAGUUCUUGCGACACAUGAGAUGGAGGACGUUCGUGAACUCAUCCGAGUUCACUUCUCUAAAAUUGUUGAACUAUAUAAAACUGUUCUUUAACGAGUAUGGCUUCAGAAAGCACUUGGGCUCGCAAGCCACAGAGGGUGUAUAUUACUACUUCGCUUCAAAUUUGAGAGGCCUGGAUGUUCUGCACAACAGGCAACACGUUUUCGAAUUCAUCGGCGACUACCUGUACACGUGUCCGACGAAGUAUUUCGCCGAGGCCCUUGCUGACCACAACGCGACGGUUUACUUCUAUCGGUUCAGCCACGCCACUGCAAGGCAGGAGAGACCCAUGUGGGCUUCGGCGACCCACUUCGACGAGAUCCCGUUCGUCUUCGGCCGACCACUUCGCCACCCCGAAAGGUAUACGACUGUGGAAAAGGAGCUAAGUGUCGCCAUGAUGGACGCCUGGGUAUCCUUUGCAAAGAAUGGGAAACCAAAAACGCCGUCUGGAGAGCCGUGGCCCAAGUACUCGACAAAGCGGCCAUUGUACCUCGACAUGACAUCUAAGGGCUUCAUCACAGAGACAGGACCUAGAACAGAAGGUUGUUCUUUCUGGAGGACGUUUCACAACUUCGAUCUCUGGCGUAACACUGCUAGGAUGGAUUUCUGAUUCACAGAGCACGCUUAUGAAACAUCUCGCGCGUUUAGCAGUCAAAGUAGCGCACCAUCAAACGCACACAA